AUGGCCCGCCCCCCGCUGUCUCAGAACAGGUCCAUGGCCAUCCUGAAGGCCGCGAGGCAGGGCAACUACGCUGUACCAGGCAUGUGCUGUUACAACAUCGAGUCCAUCAUUGCCACCGUCCGUGCUGCCGAAGCAGCAAAGUCUCCCGCGAUGGUGCUUCUCUUCCCAUGGGCUAUCGAGUAUGCUGGUUCCUCGCUGGUAAGAGCUGCAGCGGAUGCUUGCCACAACGCUCAAGUGCCCGUGUCGCUUCACCUGGACCAUUGCCAGACACCCGAGCUUGUGAGGCGGGCCGCCGAUAUCGAGGAUGGCUUCGACUCCAUAAUGUGCGACAUGAGUCACUACGAUAAGGAGGAGAACCUCCGUCUGACCAAGGAGCUUGUCGGCUACUGCCAUGACCGAGGGAUCGCUGCCGAGGCAGAGCCCGGGAGAAUCGAGGGCGGAGAGGAUGGCGUCGCUGAAACAGCAGACCUCGGUGGGGUGCUUACCACUCCCGAGGAGGCCGAGGAGUUCGUCGCGACAGGCAUCGAAAUGCUGGCUCCGGCUUUCGGGAACGUGCAUGGCAACUACGGUCCCAGAGGCAUCCAGCUCGAGUAUGACCGCCUCGAGAGCAUCUACAACAAGGUUGGCGACCGCGUGCAGCUGGUCCUUCACGGUGCCGACCCCUUCACCGAGGACAUCUUCAAGAAGUGCAUCGCUGGAGGAGUUACGAAAGUCAACAUCAACAAGGGGAUGAACAAGCACUAUGCUGCUGUGCAGGAGGAGAUGCGAGGCAAACCUCUGACCAGUGUCAUCGAGGCUGGGACAAAGCGGAUGCAAGAGGCCAUCGAGACAUACAUGCAGCAGCUGGGAAGCGCUGGCAAGGCUUGA